UACAAAACCAAAAAGCAUGCAGCAUGCUCUGUUAAACUGAGUUUAGUCUGGAAAUUGACUGUAACUUAUGAGCUUAUGUUUGACUAUUGCUCUGCAAUGCAUGUCUUCUGUUGGAUAAGCGAUAUGUUGCUGUAGUUGCUGCUUCUAUCCUCUUUGGUUAUGGAGUGCGUGUUCAAGCCUAGGGUAUUAUACGUUCGUAAACUACCACUCCGAACACUCUCACUCUCUGUUCUCUGUGUCACGUUGAGUUUACGAAAGGAGUCCGAGGGAGAACGGGGUUUUGUCUUAGCAGCGUGGCUACAGGCGCUGAUAGCAGCGAGUAUGUGUGUGCACGCAAACACUAUACUACUAUACUAUACUACUAGUGUUGUACACACAUUUUCCCACUCCCUUAUUUAGACUUGUGAAGUCGGACUCUGGGUCAAAAGCGAAAGCUUGGACUGUUGCUUGACCUGCCAUUGCUACUGUUCACACACAGGUAGCAUGCCUGCAGCUUGGUCAAGCCCCUCCCCCCAUGGCCCGCCCCCACCCUCUACCCUUCCCCGCCUCCCACCCUCUACCCUUCCCCGCCUCCAUGCUUCUCAUUAGCAAAACGACGCACUGGGAAAAGGGCUGAAAUGGAGCUUUCUCCUAGGAGGCUAUAUCUACGUGCCGAGGGUUCAUUUCGAGAAAGGCUGCGGAUAUAACAUCCGGAAACCUCCACGAGCCCGUUUAAAGCAUCAACAAACCACCAUGCCAUGGGUCCUUUAAUCCUGGCUUUUUUUGAAAUACCAUAGUUCAGUCCGAGUUGCAUGUGAAAAUGUUCUUCUACCCCCAUUCCCUGUAGUAGCCUGUGAAAGAAAACAGACGGAAGAACGAGCGAAUCAGAACAAGCCCUACGAACAUACGUAAGUUCGAAAAUUAGAAGAAAGUUCGGAUUGAAGCGCAAGGAGAGAUAGCAGAGCCCAUCUCGUCAGUAGCUAACGAAGAGGACCUAACAGCAAGCUGAACACAUGGCUGAACAAGUUCGUGCCUGUGUUAUUUGUGGCAGUAACACAUCAACAUUGCAUGUCUUGCCCAAGAAAAAAGAGCUGAAGAAGAAAUGGUUGGAAUUUAUCUUUGGAACACCACCAGCGAAGUAUAAUGCAGCGUUAGUCCUGUGUUCUGAUCAUUUCAACCACAGUGACUUUAUAAACUUUGGUGCCUUCAGAAGUGGUUUUUCUUCAAGGUUGUUUUUAACACCUGGAUCUGUACCGUCAAGACGAUCGACCACCGGCUCACAAGCUAGUACAUUACAGACCUUGUUGGGUAACCAUGCUGGUUGCCAAACAGACCCACCCAGCCGAUCAUCUCAGGGUACACAGCUCUCCUUGCAUACACUAAGCCCUCAUGUUCGAAGCAAAGGUACACAAGUUUCAGGUUCUGUAAGUGUGGAGGUUGGCACGACUACCACAGACGCACCUUGGACCACAAGUUGUCCGCUGGCAUCCCCACCAUUCAAGGCUCCGAGGCCAGCAAAAAGAUCUCAGAUUGAUGUAGAGGAGGAAGACGUGGGAGAUCUUUCCACAGAGGUCCCUGAACCACUGGCUCCCACCGAUGAUCCUGUCGAGUCCAUCACAGUUACAAUAGAAUUGUCACAGUUUUCGAGUACUGAGGUGAUGGUGAACACGCAAUGUUUGCUGGAGCUUUUCCAGUUCUGCUGGUUUUGUCAGAGAGAGUGCUGUACUACCAUUGAGGGCAACGAGAAGCUGUCUUCAAUCACACAGGACUGCCAGAGUUGUGGCUACCACAGAGACUGGAGGAGUCAUCCUCCCACAAGUUUAUUGAGUGAUGAAGAAGCAAGCCUUUCAGAAGAAGAAGAGAAUAAGAAAAGAAAGAGGAAGUCUGAUAGUUCAGAUGAGUGGGAGCCAUGUUUAGAUGAAGAGGCCACGGACUCUGAUGUGUCCAUGGAUGAAGACCUGUUCACAGCUUUAAAGGAGGAUGGUGAGGGUGAACUUGUGGUGUGGUGUACACAAUGUGAGACCGAGGCCUCGCUCUCCUGUUCUGUCCUUCAACACAAAAAAGUAUUCUGCUGUUCUCAGUGCAGUGCAGGUGACGACGUUCAAACACACAAUUUUGAAACCCUGCCUCUUCAGUUUGAUGAUGUUGCCAGUUUUCAGACACAUGUUGAACAGGAGCACAGAGCCAAACCAUUCAAUAUACUGUGUCAGGAUUGUGGCAAGUUUGUUAGAGCAAAUAAAGAGCAUGUCUGUGAACACAAAAUCAAAUUAAUCGUCUGUUCAGACUGCGGGAAAAGGUUCCUCACUGAGGUCGGCUUAAAGACGCACUACAAUCAGCUCCAUUCGGAUUAUGAUCAUCCCUGUAAAUACUGUCUGAAGGUCUUCAAAACCAAGUCUGCAAAACUGGAACAUGAGCAGACUCAUCCUAAAGAAUCUCAACCAUACAGCUGUCCAGAUUGUUCACAGAAGUUUAGCAGGAUUCACAAACGCAAUAAACAUAUUAAGUCCCACCGAGGUCCACAUAAAUGUGUGUGUGAUGUCUGCAAGAAAGGCUUUAGGACUAUUACCAAGUUGAGGAGGCAUAAACUCAUCCACUCUGGUGAAAAGCCUUUCAAAUGCCAAGUGUGUGAGCAUUCCUUUAACCAACUAGCAAACCUCACCUCCCACAUGCGCGUCCACACUGGAGAGAAACCUUUCUCGUGUGAGCAAUGUGGAGAGUCAUUCAGUCACAACGUCAGUCUGAAGAACCACAAGCAACGACACCAUGACUCUGGUUUGACUCAGGAGGAAGAAAUAAUGAGUGACCGAGAGGAAGGCGAUGUAUAAAUGGUGGCAGUUCUGCAGUAAAGCUUUGGUUAAUAAUUCAUGAGGAAAAAUGAUGUCUGAAGUCCUACAUCUAUAAAUGUUAUUAGAUUAGAUAAAACUUUAUUGAUCCCUUUGGGAGGGUUCCCUCAGGGAAAUAAAAUUUCCAGUAGCAUCAUUACAGGAUAAACAGAGAAUAGAAAAUAGAGAAAACUUCUAGAUAAAUUAAGUUUUUACAUGUACAAAUAUAAAAAAAAAUUUUUUAAAGAUAUGGAAAAAAGUCUAUUAAAGCCUAGGUCACAACCGGACGUACGAUUUUUUGGCCGUGCAAUUUUUGGCGUUUCCCAAAUCACUUUUUUUUUGUUGUUGUUUUGUUUUGUUUUUUGUUUUUUUUUCGUGGAGAAAGAUGCGCGUUGGCCAUAAAUUUGUCUUGCAACCUAAAAAAAAACGUAAGCGCCCGUAGAGUUUGUUUGGCAUGACAAAGAACCUCUGCGGCUCGAAAAUCAGCACGUCACACGCGCGCUCUCCAUGUGUUUCUUGUGUUUUUUGCACGUAGACCGGCCAUAGGAGCACGUACGGCCGGUUGUGACCGAGGCUUAAGAAGGAUGCAGAUAUUUACUCAGUCAACAAGCUUUAAUUUUUAAUUCACAGACCCGUUUUCAACCUUAUAAAGCCUGCCUUGUCAAAACUGCCACGUAGUCUUCUCCUGUUAUUUGUAUCAUACAGACUCUGCUGUCUCUCUUGCCGACACAAUAAACAGAAGUUACGGAA